GAGGUCUAGAGAGAGAGGGAGAGAGAGAGGGGUGACGAGCAAGUGAGGAGUGAGCGAGCGAGCGAGAGGGAGAGAUUUAUUUCCACAGCUGAAAGAGCGUGCCACUCUCAACCCACACCGUGGUGGCCUGACUCGAGAGAGUGGGGGAGAGAGAGGGCAAGAGAACGGGAGAGAGAGAAAGAGAGAGCAAAGAACUGAAGUUUAAAAAGUUGGGAGGCGGGGGGACAACACAAAAGAACACAGAGACAGAGGUAUAGAAGUGAAACACCAUCCAGAGCCCUUAGUGGCAGAGGACCGAAAGCUAGAUCGUCAGACGGACAGACAGAGGGACAGACAGACAGAGGGACAGACAGACAGAGAGACAGACAGAGCUAGAUCGUCAGACGGACAGACAGAGGGACGGACAGACAGAGGGACAGACAGACAGAGGGACAGACAGUGGACAUGGAUGCUCUAGCCCUUGAGGCCACGUUGCCCAGAAAGUCCCAGAAUGGGGCUCUGGCUACUGGCCCCCCCAUCCCCAUGCCUGCUAAGCGCAAGCCGGCCAAGAAAGCUAAGAAAGCUGUUGUCUUUUUCGAGGUGGAGAUCCUGGACGGCAAGACCAAGGACAAGCUCUGCUUCCUGGACAAGGUGGAGCCCAAUGCUACCAUCGGAGAGAUCAAGUCUAUGUUCCACAAGAGCCAUCCCCAGUUUUACCCAGCCAGGCAGUCGAUCCGCCUCGAUGCAAAGGGGAAGUCACUGAAGGAUGAGGACGUCCUACAGCACCUGCCUGUGGGUACCACGGCAACCUUCUACUUCAGAGACCUGGGGGCCCAAAUUAGCUGGGUUACGGUCUUCCUGACUGAGUACGCUGGGCCGCUGAUCAUCUACCUGCUCUUCUACUUCCGGGUUCCCUUCAUCUACGCCCCCAAAUAUGACUUCACCACCAGCAAGCACUGGGUCGUGCAUUUGGCCUGCAUGUGUCACUCGUUCCACUAUGUGAAGAGACUACUGGAAACGCUGUUUGUGCACCGCUUCUCCCACGGCACCAUGCCCCUGCGCAACAUCUUCAAGAACUGCACGUACUACUGGGGCUUUGCAGCUUGGAUGGCCUACUACAUCAACCACCCUCUGUACACGCCGCCGAUUUAUGGGGAGCAACAAGUUAAACUGGCACUCAUCAUGUUCCUGUUCUGUCAGAUUGGAAACUUCUCCAUCCACAUUGCACUACGGAACCUCAGACCACCAGGUUCGAAGACCAGGAAGAUCCCCUACCCUACUAAGAACCCCUUCACCUGGAUCUUCCUGCUGGUGUCCUGCCCCAACUACACCUACGAGCUGGGGUCCUGGCUGGGCUUCACGCUGAUGACCCAGUGUCUGCCCGUGGCCUUCUUCACCAUAGUGGGCUUCAUCCAGAUGACCGUCUGGGCCAAGGGCAAGCACCGCAGCUACCUGAAGGAGUUCCCACACUACCCCUCCCUCCGCUCCCCCAUCCUGCCCUUCGUCCUCUAGAGACGCGCGCGCGCACACACAGACACGCCCACACCGCCCCCACACACACACACGUAGUCCCUUUCCUCAGUGGACUGUACCAGUUCACCCCCCACUACUUCGCGCAGUACUGGACUGUACCAUUUUUAGAUAACAUGCCAUUCAAUUGGACUGUACCAUUCUGCAAGUGAUUACAUACUACCUCUACUGGUCGCUGCCAGUAUAACUUCAGAACAUCAUUCAGCUGGACUGUGCCAGCAUACAGCAACUUAGAUCAUUCAUCAACUGGACUGAAAAAAACAUCACACUGUAAUAAUAGUGAGUUAUCAUGCUCUAUAACUGGAUCAUAGAAAUAGUAAAAAAUAAAAAAAAUAAUCGUAUAAAAUAUCGUCCACCAUCACCAAACAUACAAAUUUAAUUGGUCCACCCAAACCUGUAGUACAGUAUUUGUAGGAGGUUAGGACUUUAUUAUAAAAGUCAUAUCACAAAUACAUAACACGUUACGACUUUAUUUUAAACCCUUCUUCAGUCCACCAUUAUUCAUUUUACCCAUCAUCCCUAGAACUGGACCAAUCCACCCAAUGCCCCUUGAACUGGACAUCAGUCAUCUCCAUUGCCCUGCCCCAACAUCCCUCACUUUGUCUGACUAUUAAACCAGCCAAACAAUCUUUAGUUUGCUCUAUGACAGAUUUACAUUACUAUAAACUAGUUUACAUUAAAAGUAUUUAACAUCCUAAACAGACACCUUUGACAACUGAACAAACAUGCUCCCUUUCCCCAAAACUGCUAGUCUCCCCCCCCCCCCCUCCCAUUCCAAACUGAACACUGAACCUUACCACACAGGACUCAUGCAGUUGUCUGAUGCAAUUGUGAUCAUGUGAUUUGACCUGUGUCUGCUUCUUGCUUUGAAUAAUCCUGUUUUCUUGUAGGUCUUUGUUUUUGCUAAUAGCUCCAUGUGUCCAGGUUGUCCCAAAAAGCUCUCGCUAAAACCAGGAUGUUUUGAAUUGAAGUCAAAAUGGAAUCAUAUCUUCAACCUGGCAAAUGUUCAGCGGCAAACAAAAAAUGUUGGUAGCUUUGACUGCUGCUAGUGCUUAUUUGAAUUCUCAAAUGUAUGUCCAUGCUACGUUCCUCAGGAGUUCAGUUAUUGUCCAGUAUUGACUGACUACAAAUAUUUGGAGUGCACUGGAUUUGUUUUUUUUUUUUUUCAGAGAUGUUUUUCAAAGACGUUAGUACAAACUUGAUUUAGAUGUACGGCUUUAAGCAUCAUGAGCUAGCAUUGGUAGGGACUUUAGUGUUGCCUUGUUCAAAGCAUGUUUUUUUUAAACAGUUGACGUAAAUUUAACAAAUCUUGGAAAAUAAAUCUUCAUUUCAGUUACCCUUACGUAAACAUCGUAACACAAUGUGACUUAUUUUCUCGAUUUGUGCAAAAACUAAUUUAAAAAAAAAAACUGUUUGUGUCAUUCUGUACGAUUUAAUGUUUCACAGUUACUACUGUGCUGUACAUUCUGACUUACUAUUAGCUUUAAAGUUGUAGAGAAUUUGCCCAUC